AUUGUGGUUGUUAUGCAGAGGGAAAGUAUUACAAGUCUGGUGAAGUUGUCGUUCAGGGAGACUGUAAGGGAAAAUGCCAAUGCAAAGCUGGAGAGUUCACCUGUGAACCCUUAAAAUGUGCUUCAGAACAGUUCUGUGGCAAAAAAGAUGGUGUCGUUGGGUGUUACACCAAGGAUCUUUGCAGUGAUCAUAAAUGCCGUGAGAAAGAGUACUGUACUGUACAGGACAACAAGGCAGUGUGUGUCUCAAAGUCAAAGGCCUCCUGCAUGGCCACGGGAGAUCCUCAUUACAGAACCUUUGAUGGCAACCACUUUUCCUUCCAGGGUAUUUGCACCUAUACUUUAGUUAAAACAUCAGGCAAAGACCCAACACUCACACCAUUCAGCAUCGUCAACAAGAACGACAUGCUCAAAGGCUACUAUGGGUCAUACGUCAAGUCAGCCAGCAUCAAAGUCAAAGGACAUGACAUCACUUUCAGUAAAGACAAACGCAACCGUGUGACAAUUGAUGGCUCCGUUUUAAACCUUCCUGUGAGUUUGAAUUCUGAAGGCAUCAACAUAAUGCUGUCAGGGACUAAAGGGAUUCUGCAGACAGAUUUUGGCUUGGAGGUCAUAUUUAACUGGGCAGAUACUCUCAUGGUGGUACUUUCCAGCAGCUACUACAAUAACAUAGAAGGAAUGUGUGGAACCUACAAUGAUGACCUGGGGGAUGACUUUGUCACGCAAAGUGGUAACAUCAUGACAGAUAUAACAGAAUGGGCAAAAUCUUGGAGUGUCCCUGAGACCAGCGGCACCUGCUGGCACUUUCCCCCCUGCACGGAUGAGAAAAAGUCACUGUAUAGGGGUCAAAGCUACUGCGGCUUGAUAGAGGAUGCAAAUGGCCCUUUCAGCCAGUGUCAGAAUAUAAUAUCCAAGCGGCAAUUUGCUUCUGACUGCCUUUUCCAACUGUGUCUCAAUGAUGGAAACCAGAAGGCCUUUUGCCGUGCUCUCAAUAAUUAUGUGUCCUCUUGUGCCCUGACAAACGCUGACGUAUCUCCAGAGUGGAAGCAGCUGGCUAACUGCUGAUGUGAAGAUUUUUUUCACCAAGCUGUUACUUCAGUACACUAAACAGUAAUCAUUAUAACAUUUACAAAAUAUUUCUAGAGCAAAGCUAAUCUCUAAUAUAUGAACACAGCAUAAUGAUUCAGUUUGGGCAUUUUGUUUUCACAAGGAAUCACAGGAAUCAUAACAGUAUGAUUUAAUUUUAAAUGAAUGUGAGAGUUUCUUUUCUUAAAUUGCAUCAAUCAACAUGUAUGUGUAUCAGCAACUUGUGAGGUCUAUGAAUAAGUCUAUAAUUGAUCUUGGAACAUUUUUCUAAAUUUGAUUUAUUCUCCAUAUUUAGUAUACUUAAUAAAUUCUUGCAUCAUCUUG